CUGAUAUUGCGCGUAUGUCAACCUGUGACGGUGUUUUGAGGACUUGUUAAAUGUUUACGAACCGCGCACGGCCGCCACGCACUUAAAAGAGCGCAGCCGUCUUUCUACCGAUGGCUACUAUCGUGACUUGCUCCGCGGGCGGAGCGGCUCAGACCGCGUCGGCGCGAUGUUUCGUGUCUUAUUUAAAGCGGCUGCCUCACUCCGCAGACUUGUACUCGUCCGCCUGCCGCAGACCCCCCGUGCGCCGCCUGAGCGCGUCCCCGGGAGCCGCGUGGUUCUCGCCCGGUAGCGGAGUGCGGUUCAUGUCCCGUGGGACCGCAAGCAAAUGCGCCACCGGGUUUACCAGAAGACGGGCCUGGGUGUUCACCGGAGCCGUGGCGGCAGCAGCGGCGGCGGCGGCGGCGUUCGCAGCCAACACCGGCCACUUUCUGCGCGCCGAGAUGGCAUCGAGGGUACCCAGCGUCGCGGAGGAGGAAGAGGGGGACAUCCUGGACAGGUGUAAGAGGUUCAUGUCCCCGCCGGUUUCCGACGUCCGCGUACUGCAGGAACGGAAAGGGGAGAUGUGUACCCGGAUGGAGAUGCUGAUCAUGCAGACGCAGGCGGAGUUCUGCAGAGCCCUGGAGGAGGCGGAUGGCGGGACGUUCAAGGUGGACCGGUGGGAGAGGAAGGAAGGCGGUGGAGGAAUCAGCUGUGUGCUGCAGGAUGGAAAGGUGUUUGAGAAGGCAGGGGUCAACGUGUCGGUGGUGUUCGGGAAUCUCACGGAAGAAGCUGCCAAACAGAUGAGGAGCCGAGGGAAAGUCCUCAAAGGGAAAGAUGGUAAGUUGCCAUUUUGUGCCAUGGGCGUGAGCUCCGUCAUCCACCCCAAGAACCCCCACAUCCCCACUGUGCACUUCAACUACAGAUACUUCGAGAUCGAGGAGGAAGAUGGCUCCAAGCAGUGGUGGUUUGGCGGAGGCACGGACUUGACUCCCAUCUACGUGAACAAGGAAGACGCGUUCCACUUCCACAACACCCUGAAGAAGGCCUGUGACAAGCACCACCCACAGUACUACCCUGACUUCAAGAAAUGGUGCGACAACUAUUUCUACAUCCGUCACAGAGGAGAGACUCGGGGCAUAGGAGGCAUCUUCUUUGACGACUUGGACUCGCCAACUCAGGAGGACGCGUUCAGCUUUGUCAAGAGCUGCGCGCGCACCGUGGUGCCCUGCUACCUGCCCAUCGUGUACAAACACCUCAACGACUCGUUCACCGCCGAGGAAAAGGACUGGCAGCAGGUGCGGCGAGGCAGGUAUGUGGAGUUUAACUUGGUGUACGACAGGGGAGUGAAAUUCGGCUUGGCCACCCCUGGCUCCAGAAUUGAGAGCAUCCUCAUGUCCCUGCCGCUAACUGCCAGGUGGGAAUACAUGCACGAACCUACCAAAAGCUCCCCAGAGGCGGAGAUGCUGGAGGUGUUGAAAAACCCCAAAGAGUGGGUGUGAUGGGAUGGUUACCGUGUCUGCCUGUCUCUAUGGGAACAGCAUCCACAAAAACACCUUCAACAUAUCUUUUCAGCUGUGAGCUGAUGGUCUAUAUCAGCAGCAAUUUACACUUUUUUUUUUUUUUUUUUUUGGUCAGACACAAAUUAAGGCUCAGCUUCCACUUCCCAAAGUGGUCAAUGUUUAUGCGCACUGUUGUUAUUUUUCUGUUAAUUAUUCUUGUUUUUGCUGUUUCUUAUGAUUGCUAGCAUCCCCUUUACGUCCCCUUUAGCAGCGUUUUCACUGUUUGCAUGAUGAUUAAAAACCUAAAAUUUGGGGGAUCCGAGUAGCGUAGCGGUCUAUUCCGUUGCCUGCCAACACAGGGAUCUCUGGUUCGAAUCCCCGUCUUGCCUCCGGUUUGGUCGGGCAUCCCUACAGACACAAUUGGCCGUGUCUGCGGGUGGGAAGCCGGAUGUGGGUAUGUGUCCUGGUCACUGCACUAGCGCCUCCUCUGGUUGUUCGGGGGGGUAGCGUGAUCCUCCCACGCGCUGAAACUCCUCACUGUUAGGUGAAAAGCGGCUGGCGACGCCACAUGUAUGGGAGGAGGCAUGUGGUAGUCUGCAGCCCCCCCCGAAUCGGCAGAGGGGGUGGAGCAGCAACCGGGACGGCUCGGAAGAGUGGGGUAAUUGGCCAAAAAGUACACUUGGGGAAAAAAUGGGAGGGGAGGGGAGCUAAACCUAAAAUUGAAUCAAGAAGGCUGUUAGUUUUUGUUUUUUUACUUGAUUUUAAAUAAUGAUUUAAGACUUUUAUUUUGGACCCGUGGACACUUUAUUUAAUAUCGUGAGUGUUUUCUGUGCCUGGGUCUUGGUGCUGUAUUCUGCCCCCCCCCCCCCCCCCACUAACAUGGCACAGAAAUGGAAAGAAAAUAAGGACAAACUGAACCACUAGAUGUACACUCUGUCAGGGAUACCAGAUGUUAAUAAAUCUGUUUUUUAAACUUUCAACUGGUCUGGCCAGAACAAUGCUUUCCUUUUUAAGGUGAUAUAUUAAAUAAAGAGUUUUUCGUGUUU